CGAGUACGCCACUGGCAGGGAGGACGUAGUCGAGGAGAGCACGUGACUAAUAUGCAUAUGAGACCAGAAGACAGAACGGUUGUAUGAUAUAGAUUUUAACUAAGAGGCGACAGUAUAAGUUCUACAAAUAUCAGCAACUAGGACGCCACUUGUAACGAGCUUAUAUUUUUUUUUUUUUCCUAGAAAGAGAAAGACAAAGAAAGAGGAAGAUUAAGAUAGUCUUCUCAGCAUAGUUCUUCUAUUUCCCGGCAUCAAAACAAGAACAACUGCACUAUUCGUUUCGUGACCUGCAAGCAUUUCCCUUCCGAAAGCAAUGCGCUGCUCUCGGAUUGUCGUUCUGUAGUACCGAAAAAUGAGAGCCGUCUAAGUCUCUUUACAUACCACUACCUUUUUUACGUUAUUCCCAUUUGUAAUUGUACCACACAGUCACAGCCUCUACUGAUUUGGAUGAUCCGCACUACAUUACUUCUAUCCUACCACAACGACGGAGAAAGCUUGUCUGGAACUCAACAACAUGUGAGAACAACAAGUAGAAUGAAUGUAACGUAGAACAACUUUUUUUUGUACUAUAACGAUUAUGCUACCGUUGUAAAAUGUGAAAAACAAUCUAGCACAACAAGCGAGUACUCUUAAUCACCGUUUUAUCUAAAACUACUGUGGCUGCGAGCGUGAUCGACUACAACUACUUGAGCUGCCUUCAAGUUCUCACGACUAACCGCAAAGCCCUAAGCAACCAUGAGCAAUUUUUUGACAUG